GAGAGGAGCGGGCCGCGGACACUAGGGCGAGCGCGGUGAGGCUGGCGGCUCCGGGCGGCGGACAUUUUGUGGAGGACACGUGAUCUGGACUUCCAGGGUGGAAUCUGAUUGGUCAGCGCUAGCACAGAGAAUCGUUGUGAUCCGACCCAGAAGCCCUACAUAAAGAAGAGGGAGAAGAACGGGGAGCUCAAAUCUCUGGUUACAUGGGCGCUGAUAACUCCUCAUCCCUUGAGUGGACCUGAAAAAUUCACAGAGGCGCAAAAUGACGGUCUGCGCCAUGUUCGGGUGCAAGAAUCGCAUGCACAAAGGCUGUGGGAAGCAUUUCUUCAGGUUCCCCAUGAAGGAUCCAGAGCGCCUCCUCAGGUGGAUCGAAGCCGUGCAGCGCGAUGAGUGGAAACCAUCCGUUCACAGCAAAGUCUGUAGUGACCACUUCACAGAGAAAGAUUACAUGAUCCGCCCCGGGGCAGCCUGCCCAUACCUGCGGACGGACGCAGUGCCUACACCCCUGUUUACCCAACGCAAGAAGAAGUUCAAGAGGAGGAAAUUUAUAACAAAUUCUGCAAGUUGGGCCUCAGAAUCGAAUGAAACGGAAGGUGAGAUGCAGAUGGUGGAGGCUCAGAGUGAGAACCAGAUGAAGGAGCACCCAGUGGAUGAUCAUGUAGUGGAGGAUGAAGCAGCACCAAGCAACGAGACCCAGGAACCUCCAAAACAAGAUCAGACUCUAGUGGCAGAACCUCACAGCAAUGAGAAGGAAUCCAAAACGCCAGACAAAGAGCCGGGAGCAACUGAAAUGGACAAAUCGCAGGAGAAAGGGCCAGAGGCUCAAACACACAGAGGGGAACAGACAGCAGAAACACAAAGCCAAGAGCAAAUAGAAACCUGGGGACCUGCAAUGGCAGAAGAAACAGAGAAGCGUGUGCUGGAAACGAGGGGUGAGCAACUGCCGAGACAUGACAGAAUGACAGACAUUGACGUCAGCAGCACUACACAAAAUGAGAGGCAAGUGGCUCUAAUUUUAGCCGAACUGGAGGACACACACUGCGAGAUGCGCGCCGCGGAGGCCAGGGCCGCAAGAGAGGCAGCGGCGAUCAACAAUAACAAAUGCCCUGGUGAUGACAUGGCUACAAGUGAGGCCCCUAACAGUGACAACCAGUCCUCAAGUGACAAUCCGGCAGAUCACAUCCCAUUUGACCACGCUUAUACGUCACUAACUGUGAGCGACAAGGAAAACGACAUUCCGGCACCCACCCCGGCCCCAGUCUUCGCCACUACUCUUGCCCCUGGCCCUGCGCCCACCCCUGGCCCUGCACCCACCCCUGUCCCCAACCCUGUCGUGAACCCAAAAAUUGUUAAACUACGGAAGAAAAUCAAGACCUUACAGAAGCAGGUGCUGCGACAGGGUGUGAAGAUAAAGGGCCUAAAACAGACGCUGGGGGAAUUACGACGGAACAACCUGUCGGAGAAGGACCCGGAGCGGUUGAUAUCAGAGCACUGCAGUGGACUGGCACUGGCCCUGUUCACCACCCAGCUGAAAAACCACAGGAAAUACAGUGCUAUGCAGUACAGCAACCUCCUGAAGGACUUCGCCUUAAGCCUGUACCAAGCUUCCCCAAAGGCCUACAAGUUCUGCAGGCUGUUUCUGUCCCUGCCACACCCAGUGUCGCUGAGGCACUGGAAGACUUCACUUGAUGCCAACCAGGGGGCGCUGCAAGAGGUGAUAAUGCAGGCAGAGACAGAAGAGGGUGAGGACCCGCAGGGCGAGUUGUCACAGGACGAUAUUUUGGCAGGAGCAUUGAAGGCCGUGGCAUUGGAAUCUGAGACUUCACGAGAAGAGGAGCUGCAGAAUGAAGCCCCGCCAGAGCCACAAACGCAGUAGUAGACUUUUAUACUUGUGAACUCUGUCUCCGUUCAUUUAAGAGCUUUAAUGAUAAAAUUCCACUUAGAGCCAUAUCAGACUAGCGACCCUUUCUCUGGUGGCUAAUUGCCAGCAAAGGGAUCUCUAGAAAGCACCUACUUAUACGGUUCAUCUGAACCUGACCCAUAAAGAAUUCUUAAAGUGGGACCAUCUAUAAAAAAACACAGAAGGUCCACAUCCCUACCAGCCCCCCACUGUCCAAAAGUUAUCAAUAGAUUUAAACCCUUAAAAUAAAGAAAACAUAAAGAUUUAA